AUGAAUGAUCUGAUCCAAACGAACCGACGGACCGAUUGUGUUUUUGUGAGACAUGUGUCAGUUAUGAUGGACAGCAUGAGUAUGUCAUCGUCAGUGAAGGACCAGUUGGGUCACCACUCCAUCGCCUCUGCGCUCAACUUCGCCCUCAAACCAGUGAUGAUUCCGCAGACGCCCAGAAACUCAGUGACCAAUGGACACAACGGCCACAAUGGACACAGCGGACACAAUGGACAUCACCACCCGAUGCAGGGCUCGAUGCGGUCAUCGCCGGGCGCUCUGUCGCCAAACCUGCCCUCCAUAGUGAAAGUGGAGCCCCGUUUGCCGCAUACGGCCAACAAUAACGCCAACGAUUGUCUGUCGGACUCGUAUUCUGGCCACAAGAGUAACGGCCUGUCGAUGGGGUCGGCGUCGACGCCACUGAACCACAAGCGGUUGCGUAUCGACGAGCCGUCUUCGUGGCCAAUCAUACCGCCCUCUCCCGGACAACUGUCCAUCGGAUCCCUAUCACCGCCACCUCUGAUGAACGGACAUUCACUGCCCAACAUUGGACACAAUGGAUUGUCUCCCAAUUCUUCCAGUUAUGACUCCUUCAGCCCAAACGGAUUGCCUGAAAUGAACAAAUAUAGAGAUAUAGAGUUAUGCACAUAUACUGUACGAAAUGGUAACGCAAUGAUUACCAGCGAAACCUGUCUCGUGACCAGAGAACCACUUAACCACUUGUCCGAAAUGGAGGUCUCACUCCCGCUUCAGGCACUCAUAUGUGAAACAAAUCUACUUUUUUCGUGCUUUAGAUCCCCUGUCAAGUCAAGUGUAGCUACUUUUUGA